UGCACCUAUACCACACGUCCUCACCCAUUUCAUUACCAAUCCACCGUUACUGCUCUUCAUCUGAAAUUAUCAACCUAAACGGCUAAAACCUACCUCUUUAAAGAAUUCUUCAUGUCACUUCUACUCAGUCAGUUCUUCCCUAAUUGUAUUCGUCACAUUCAGACGCUUUAUACCCUAAUUUGAUUGGGGUUUUCCCAAUUCCUCCCUCCGUCAAUCGUCAAAUUUUGAUUUCAAGAUUAUCUGUUUGAUCUGUUCUUUCGUCUUCUGUAGUUUUCACCUUCGUUACGUCUUUUUUGCAUAUAUAUUUUGUCUUAAUUUAAUCCAAUCUUACUGUUCUUCCCCCUUUUUUUGUGUUUCUAUUCUGAAAAUUUCAGUAGUUUUUGGUCUUUUGAAGACCCAUUUGGAGAUAGGCUAUAAAGGUUUUUGAUCUUUUGGAUCAUCUAAGUGAUGCGAGCUUUUCUCAAUCAUCUUUUCCAUAUAAAUAUCGAGUUAUGUUGCUUUCUUGAUAGAACCCACAAGUUUCUUGAUUCUUCUAGAUUGUCAAUUUUUUGAUUCCUUUUUGUCAUAAGAAAUGUAUGGAACUCAAAGCCAGAGGGAUUUGUCACUUGAAUUACCCAUUUCAAGACCAAGCAUCCAUGCCAGAAGGGCAAAAAUUACUGUAAAAUUUCAAGAUCUUUAUGGGUUUACUGUGGAAGGCAAUGUUGAUGAUGCAAAUAUAUUGAAUGAGGUGAGGGAGAAAGUGAGGCAACAAGGUAGGGCUUGGUGGGCAUUAGAAGCUAGCAAAGGGGCAAAUUGGUAUUUGCAAACUCAUGUAUCUUCUGCCCUUAAAUCAUCCUUAAAGUUUUCAAAUUUAGUGAAUGCCAUUACCCUCAAGAAGCUAAUUAGGAAGGGGAUACCUCCAGUUUUGAGACCUAAAGUUUGGUUUUCUUUAUCUGGGGCUGCUAAGAAGAAGUCCACUGUGCCUGAUAGCUAUUAUAAUGAUCUGAUAAUAGCUGUUGAAGGUAAAGUCACCCCUGCCACGAAGCAAAUCGAUCAUGACCUGCCACGGACUUUCCCUGGUCAUCCAUGGUUGGACACUCCCGAAGGUCAUGCUUCAUUGAGACGCGUUCUUGUAGGUUACUCUUUCCGUGAUUCUGAUGUUGGUUACUGUCAGGGUUUGAAUUACGUUGCAGCAUUAUUGUUACUCGUGAUGAAAACAGAAGAAGACGCUUUCUGGAUGUUAGCGGUUCUUUUGGAAAACGUAUUAGUCAAUGAUUGCUAUUCGAAUAACUUAUCAGGCUGCCAUGUCGAACAAAGGGUGUUUAAAGAUUUGCUCAAAAAGAAAUGUCCAAGUGUAUAUGCUCAUUUAGAAACUCUCGAGUUUGAUGUCUCCCUUGUUGCCACCGAGUGGUUUCUUUGCCUCUUUUCAAAGAGCCUGCCUUCAGAGACGACCUUGCGAGUUUGGGAUGUUCUCUUUUAUGAAGGAGCAAAAGUUCUAUUUAAUGUGGCGCUAGCUAUAUUCAAGAUGAAGGAAGAAGAGUUGCUUAUGACGCAAUAUGUUGGGGACGUAAUCAAUGUAGUACAAAAUACCAGUCAUCAUCUAUUCGAUCCCGAUGACCUAUUGACGGUUGCCUUUGAUAAAAUCGGGUUUAUGACGAGCACAAAUAUAUCAAAAGAAAGGAAAAAGCAAGAACCGGCCGUAAUGGCAGAACUUGAUCAGAGGUUGAGACGGCUAAAUUCUAGUAAUACGAACGUGGAUAGCGGACUUACGUGAUGUAAGUUACAAAAGUGUACUAUAGUUGAACAUCAUAUCGAACAAAUGCUAAAGGACGUCGUGUCUAGCAUGCCCGUUUUCGACUUGUAUUUAUGUUUAUGAGAGAACUUUUUUUUUAGAUCUUGUAGCUUUUGUAUCGGAUUUAAGGGUUGUUUACUAAUUGUUGACUGCCUCUUCUUAUUAUCUGGUAAGAGGUGAGGUUGUUUAUGAUACACUCUGACCGACAAAUGACCAUCUUGAUAAGGAAAGAAAUGCUCUUUUACUUGGUCAGUGCUUACCGAGACCA